GAAAUUAUAUUAUGGAGAAAGUAAAAGAACAUGAAGAAUCCCUGGAUGUUAAUGAUCCUCGAGACUUCAUUGACUGUUUCCUGAUAAAAAUGGCUCAGGAAAAGGACAAUCAAGGGUUGGAGUAUACAUAUGAAAACUUGAUAACUGCUGCCUUUGAUUUGUUUGCUGCUGGCACAGAGACAACAAGCACAACACUGAGAUAUGCUCUCCUGCUCCUGCUGAAGCACCCACAGGUCACAGGUAUGAACACAGAUGAGGAGCAAGUGAACUGAGAGAGAUGUUGGGAAGAAGUGCUUGGUCCUCACUUGUUUGUCUUAGAGAAGCUUCACUGUUUAGUUUUCUCUGCCACCAAGUGUGAUCAGGAGGAGGGCUGAGAAAGUGAAGAGAGCAUGGCAGUAGGAGAGGCAGUGGAACCCUGGUGCAGUGUCUGCAUUUCAU